AUGGUCGCCAUCAAGCCCAUCUACGCCCUGACUGGCCUCGUUGUCCUGGCCACCGUGGUCAGCGCCCGUCCUGGCCUGCCCGUCGACUGGCACGUUGCGCCCAUCGAGAGGCUUGUUAGCUUCUACACGGACCGCUUCGGCAGCAACGAUGCAGCCGUCGAGGCCAUGCGUGGCCACCUCGGAGAGAUCGGCGCCCUGAGCAGGUUCGACGCCUGGCGCGCUCGCUACGGCUUUCCCGAGUCGACCGAAAACCAGCUCCACGAACUCGAGACCUGGAUCAACUUUGAGGGAACCCAUUUCCGCGACGAGCUCAACACCAAGCUCCGCAGUCUCUGA